AUGUCACGGCACAACAUCACAACCAUCCCUCGACAGACAGCGGCCAUGGCAGCGAUUCGUCGCGGCCUCGCUAGACUUCCAACAGAGCUCCUUGAUCAAACCCUGGUCUACAUCCUCGAAAAUAAGCGUCAUCAGAUUCUUCCCGGUCCCCCCUUGCAGAUGAACCGAAGCUUUCGUCGCGUUGCUUUGUCUCAGCUCACGCAGAACGCGACUCUGCAGAUCCACAUACAUCAUGCUACCUACCGUCGUUUCUGGGAGGUCAGCUUCACCAACGGCAUCACCCCUGUUUUACGUUCCCCUGAACGUCUUGUCAUGAUCGGCAAGAAUGCUCUCUGGGCUUGCUUCCGCGAUUUGGUCGGCAUUGACGAAAUGCUUGCUGGGGUGCACAAACUUUACAUCGAGCUCUCUUGUUUCAAAAGCCUGGCUUUUAGCAUCGAGUCCUUCAAAGACCGUUGCCGUGAAGUCACUGUUCGUGCGUCGUUGACCAUGGACCCUACAAACACCAACCAGACUGGCAGCUUUGUGUUCGGACCAUACAUGGAUGCGUGGACUGCAAGACCUGCGAUUUGCUCCGUAGCUUGGAUUGAGAGUUUCGUCACUGCUGAAAUACACGCGCGUCAACCUGUCCCAGGCGUCCGCGUACAGGUUAGACACCUCAGAGAAAGGUCUUUGAUCCAGCCGUUCCGACCUCCUUAUCCUCCGAAGAGACUGACCAUUGUUGAGAUGAGCGUGUUGGAGAAGAAGGAGGAGAAGAGAUUGGAAUGGCCGAGGUUGUACAAAAUCUGUGCCAAGGAAGCUGCUUGGGUCGCUAGAGGAUAA